CACCAAUCCUCCACACCACACGUGUAGUGCAGCCAUCGUUGUGUUCACUCUCUCGCUCACUCACCACUGCAAGCAAACGCACGUUGCGCCUCUUCCAUCAGCACAGUACAACAACAACACAGCCAGUUGUCACCAUGAUGUUCUGGGGUCUCGUGGUGUCACCUCACAAGGUGUACAAGAAGAUUGUUGAUGAGCCAUUCGUGAUCAGCCAGGCAUGCGUGGACCUGUCUGCCCCCGAGGGCGCGCGCGUUGCGCUCAAGGUCAAGGUGGAUGACGCCGAGCACAUUGCGUGCAUUCUCACGGCGGGAAAGACAGACACCAUGCGUCUCACACUCGCAUUUGCCGAGGGCCAGGACAUUGAGUUCUCCAUCGUCGGCGAGCACGACGUGCAUCUCACAGGCCACGUGAUCCAGUCUGAACCCAUGGGCGAGGACCUGUACGACGAAGACCUCCUGGAUGAGGAUGAGCGUGAGCUGGAAGAGGACGAGGACGAGGACGACAUGAGCGACUUUAUCGACGACCGUGACCUCGAUGAGGAUGAGGAGGAUGAGGAAGAGGAGGAGGAAGAGGAAGAUGAGGAGGAGUCUGAUGAUGAGGAGGAGGAAGAGGAGGAGCAGCCAACAAAGAAGGCCAAGGUGAACCAGCAGAAGAAGCAGAAGGAGGCUGAGAAGCAGGCCCAGCAGAAGAAGCAGAAGGAGGCAGAGGCAAAGAAGAAGGCGGCGCAGGAGGAGGCAAAGAAGCAGGAGGAGGCAAAGAAGAAGCUCAAGGAGCAGCUGAAGAAGGAGAAGGACGCCAAGCAGAAGAAGCAGCAGCAAGAGCAGGACAAGCCCAAGCGCCGCACCCUCAAGGGCGGUGUUGUUGCGACUGAGCUUCGCGCGGGCAAGGGCGCUGCGUGCAAGCGCGGGCAGAAGGUGGCGAUGCGCUACAUUGGGCGGCUGAAGAAGAACAACCGCGAGUUUGACCGCACACAUGGCAAGUCCACCUUUGCCUUCCGCCUCGGCAGCGGCGAGGUCAUCAAGGGCUGGGACAUUGGCGUUGAGGGCAUGAAGAUUGGAGAGAAGCGGCGCCUGGAGCUUCCAGCGGCGUGCGGAUACGGGCGCCAGGGCGCACCCCCAGACAUCCCGCCAAACGCUGACCUUGUCUUCGAGGUCGAGCUCGUCAAGAUCAUGCGCAAGUGACCAUGUACCUGCGCGUGUUUGGAUAACAACCAACAUGUUGGUUGGUUGGUGGGAUUGAUGGAUGGAUGGUUGGUUGGUUGGUUGGUUGGUUGAUCGAUCGGAGGGGGGAGGUGGCAGCGCUGUCUGAAACAGCAUAAAGUGUAGCAAUAUCGACCAA